AUGAUUGAGUGUUCAACAGGAAAAUUCAUCAAGUUCAUUAACAACAACAGUGCCCUUCCUGUUGCAAGUCUUGACCCGGAGUUGCACCCGAUCACGGUGUUCCUAUGCUUUACACAACAUGUUCAAUAUGAGCAUACCGGCAAACUUGUGUUUCUUUCUGAUUUGCAAGGUCAUAGACAUGUUCCGUGCGUUACAAUCUCACUCAUUUGA